CUGUCAGGAGGCCUGCUGUUCUAUGCGACUGGGAAAGGUCUGUUCUGGGUUGAGUGAAACAUUCCACUCUGUACUUCAACUGAUCCAAUCAAAUGAAAUGACAAAAAUUUCCCAUGGCAGUUAAACGAUCAUUUUUUAUUUUUUUUAUUCACUUUCUACAGGUCUAGUUCCCCUUUUAAAGUGUGCCUUCAGACACAGAAACCUUUGUCUCUCGUCAUGGGUUUUCCAUGGACGAAGAUAGCGCUGGGAGCAUUUGCGGGCUACUUGGCCUACACUGUGUACAUAAUGUACGGGAUCUUCAAGCCUCCUUCAUGUACCAAGGGCAACCAAUGCUUGAAAUCCUUCUUGGAGUCGAAUCCAAAAUUAGGGCUUUAUGUGGCCACAUCUUUGUAUGCAAGUCCUCACAACUCCUUGACAGCUGUGUGGAAGUAUGACAAUCUGUCGCUCACAGAAGUAGUGGAGAAAGAAUUCAAAAUCUCUAUCCCGGCUAAAACUCGGAAAAACGGAACCUUGUAUGUACACACCUUUGUGUAUCCUCGAGGGGGGGACCCCUUGAAAUCAUACUACACUCAUGAUGCCUCCAAGAUCACAACAUAUGCCUUACCUCAGGCCUCCGUGAUAAGCCUACUGUCUGACACCUCAGCACAGAACCAAACAGUUUCAGGCAAAGGUAAGCCAAAGAGUGGCUCCGAUGUCCCUCACGCCCACUGGCGGCAGCGUCUGACAGUGUCUGUCAUGGACGAGGACAUUGCCCUGGACAGGCAUAAGCUGCCAGGAGAGAUCUACCACCUUCUUAGGAUGAGUAAAGAUGGAAAAUACUAUCUUCCCAUUGUGUUCAUUGAUGAGCUAGGGUACAGAAUCAAAGACCUGUUGCCCAUCAACGAAAGCUCCUCCGAGAUGCCUCUCACCAUCACCUAUGCCCCAAUUUCUCUUGGCAAGAUGCGAAUGUGGAUCAGUAUUAAGCAGUCAUUCAAAAUGCUUCUUGACCUUGGAUUCACAGAGAAAGAUACAGAUGAGAUCAAAGGGAUUUUUGCUGACACAAACUUUUACUUUUUGAUGCUGACUUUCACUGUGGCAGCUUUUCACCUACUGUUUGAUUUCCUGGCCUUCAAGAAUGACAUCCUCUACUGGAAGUCGAAAAAGACCAUGAUUGGUUUGUCUGUGAGAGUGGUGGUCUGGCGCUGCCUGUCAACGGGCAUCAUUUUCCUGUAUCUUCUGGACGAGAACACAAGUCUUCUGGUCCUGGUGCCUUGUGGAGUUGGAAUGAUCAUUGAGAUCUGGAAGGUGACCAAAGCUCUGAAGGUUACAGUUCACUGGAGUGGAAUUAUUCCCAAAUUUAAGUUUGGUGACAGCUCUGAGAAGGAGAAAGAGACUGAACAGUUUGACUCUCAGGCUAUGAAGUAUCUGUCGUACGUGCUCUACCCUCUGUGUCUGGGCGGGGCCGUCUACUCUCUGCUCUACGUGCAGCACAAGAGCUGGUACUCAUGGUGCAUCAACAGUCUAGUCAAUGGAGUCUAUGCCUUCGGCUUUCUGUUCAUGCUGCCACAACUGUUUGUCAACUAUAAGCUCAAGUCUGUCGCUCAUUUGCCUUGGAGAGCGUUCAUGUACAAGGCUUUCAAUACGUUCAUCGACGAUGUGUUUGCCUUCAUUAUCACAAUGCCCGCUGCUCACCGCUUGGCCUGCUUCCGAGACGACAUUGUGUUUGUCAUCUACUUGUAUCAGAGAUGGCUCUACCCAGUAGACAAGAAGCGAGCGAAUGAGUUUGGUGUGUCAUAUGAGGAUGAGGACACAAAGGCGGAGAGCAAGAAAACCAAGUGAUCUUCCCUGAUCUCCAUGUGUGCGUGUCUCAGGGUACCAGCUAUUGCUGUACGGCUUGCAUGUUAUCGUGUGAUAUAUCGCAGGUUCUUUAUUGCCCCGUGUUCUGUAUUCCUGUGGGUGGUGUUACAAGUCAUCUGUAUGUGGGAAAACUUUUUACUGGUUUAAUUUAUUUCUUUUCUUGUAAUGCUGUAUGGUGCGUGUGUCGGUUUGCCAGGUUGCCAAGGGAAUUGGAAUGAAUGCACAGAAUGUCGGUAAACAGCGCAGCCCUUUUUACAGGGAAAUGAUGUACAGUGGAAUUCAGAUUCAACAACUUCAGAUUUAAUGAAAAUUUGGAUUCAAUGAAAGGAGAUGAAUUCCCAUUGUUUUUCAUCAUUUAUUAAAAUAAAUUAAAAAUAACUCAGAUUCAAUAAACACAUAAAUGAGCAAGCUCAGAUUCAAUGAAGUCGCUUGCAGGGUGAACAUUCCCCACUGAUGUGACCUCGCUCAUUUUUCUAGCGUAACGAACCUUAUCUAUUCCAGAAAAUCAUCCAUGGCACCUGUAUAGUGAACUAUUAUUCGCAUAGCUUGUUGUUUAUAUCUUUGCGACUAAUGAAUGGCCUUUUUUCAUACCAAUAAAUGUGUUGUCUGAAAUCAUAUGUUGUAUAUAUAUGCUAGGCUCUACACAGCAACACAACUUGUUCGGCAAACAAUGUGUCAUAGAUGACUCAGCCGUGCAUUUGAAGGAAUCGGCCCCAUUGCAUAGUGUAUGCUUGAUCAGUGUAUUUUCCUGGAAUUUUCCAGCAUUUCUUCUGUACGGAAAUGAAAAUUCCUCUCAUUUGAUACCAAACUGCUUUUGAUUGAGAGAGUCGAGAAGGGUUAAAAAAAGCAAGAAUUUCAGAAUACCAUGUGUUACUUCCCUUUUUACAUUACUUCCUCAGAGCCAGUAAUCUACGCAAAACCCUCAUGUUUGAUAUAACGAAUACUCGGAUUCAAUUAUAUUGAAUGACUUCGUUAUAUAUCCGAGUUUCAUUGUAUGAACAUCUAUUAGUGAAUUAUAAUGUAUGGAUGUCUGUAGUGAAAAUCGUCAUGUAUGAACAUUUUUAUUAAGAUGGCAUAUUCUUUCAUAUCCUAUUUUUGUAUGAUCUUUUUUUUCUUUAUCUUUUCCCUGCCGUCGGACCUAAGUGAUAAAACUUCAAAAUGUUUCCCUCCAUGUGUUCUCAUCUCAGAAAGGUGAAAUGUUAUAUUUCAAGUCUGUUCACAUAGAUAUCUAGUUUGGUGUGGUAGUUUCUUCACCUUUUGUUCAGUUUCUUAUGUUCUCAUUUUUCAACUUUACGGUUUUUAAAUACGUUCAACUUGCAGCGGUCUUUUAAAUAGUAAACAAGAAUCAAGAGUAUUUGAAUCUGAUGUUUGGUCUGAUCUGUAAAGCUCAUUCCUAUCGAUGUGCUGAUGAAAUGAGUUUCUCACACUUUGAUCCUGUCACUAUCAAACUUGGCAAUUAUACAGAAGUUCAAUGCUCGAAUCGAGCUGCUUCAGGAUUUUUUGUUCUUUAUUUAUAGGGAAAGUUCCGCUUGAGCCACUGUCUUUGUAGAGGAUGUGAUGAAUCAGAAAUGGCUUGCUCUGUGAUCCAGUAGGACACUGACCUUCAAAAGGGAGAAAGACAGGGUGUGAGGAGUCUUAUAGGCGUUAAGAGUGGAUGAACUGAAUUGUGUGUAUAAUGUGAAGAAAAAUGUGCAGCUUGUAUGGCCACACACUGGCACAGAUAUUUUCUUUCACUCACUCUGUUGCUGCAGACUGAGAAAUUCAUUGUACUAUACAGUUGCAUCUCAUAGUUAAGCUUUUUGAACAUGUAACUACCAAAAAAGUUAUCUUCUCAGAGUAUGUGAUCUUUUUUGCUGCUUAUGCCUGUAUCAGAGCAAGAGGUUUAUUGUAAAGUGCAGAAGUUUGUGUGUAAAUGCUUGUUUGUGUGUUAUGCUGUGUAUUUGGAGAGCUUACACUGGAGAAUGAGAUUGACAAAAUACCACUCACUGGGUUAGGGCAGUGAACUUUAUAGGGCACUCUUCACACAGGAUGGAAUCCUUAACCAAUGAAUAGGAAAAUUGUUUUUUGUUUUUUUAUAAAGAUGUAUAAAUGAUUGCUAUUGUUUUGUUGCCAUAUAUGCAUGUAUGACGGUGUUUGUGUUUUUAGAUCAAUGCCACUGAGGUGUGACCAAGUAUGUGUGUCUAUCAGGGAGACUGGUACUGAUAUUGCUUACACGUAAGCAUUCAGAAAUAUUUUCAAGUCUGCAAAUGUGUGUACCAUAUACAUGUAUAUGUCGGGCGCGAUCUGUCGAUUUGCGCGAUCCAUCGAUCGUGCAGCGCAUUUGGUUGAUUGAGGAAAUGCGCGACAAUCCGUCGAUUGUUGUGCAUUCUGUUGAUCAGCGAAUCGCGCAGUGCUUUUUGUUGAUCCGUGAAAUAUAUACUUACUGCGCAUUUUGUCGAUUUUUAUUUUUUUACUGACAGCGGUUGAUAAAUAUUGGUUAAUAAAAAAUUGUCAUUUUUACAAUAAAACGUCCUGGGUGAUGUAAUGUAACCAAUAUAAUAAUAAUAACGAUAAGACAACAGAUAGCUUAACAAUAGCCACAAUAUCAGCUGCAAUAAUUACAUAAUAAAACAUAUAGCACACAGAGUUAUUACCAGCCUAAACUCAAAAGGGGGUAUGGUGAUAUAUAAGUCAUAAAGCUACAUAAAGAAAAUUGAAAAGAAAUGUCUUACCUUGCCUUUUUCAUUUGGGACCUCCAGAACGUCGACCAAACCAAUGCUAGGCAUGUUCAUCAAGGAAAAUCGCUUCUUCUUUUUUUUUUACCCAAUGUCUAAAAUGGGCAUCGGUGGGUUUUUUCCUGGCUGCUUCGAAUGUUUGACAAUCAAUCAUGUCAAACUUCUCUUUUGUCAGUAACGCAGACCCAGGAUUUUUAGACGAUAACUGCACUUCUUUCUUCAUUAUCGCCGUGAACCGCUUCGUAUUGAAUAAGUGUUCGGAGUGAUACUCACCGACCUAUAACCCUGAUUUCAACUUCCGUUAUUGCGAUGUAGUUAGUUAUUGUAACCCUAACUUCCAGUUACUUCCUUUCAGUUUCGGUUUGACUUUUGGAGAGUGAAACUAAAUUACACUCUGGACGACUACAAAACAUAACAAAACUCAGGGGUAAGAUCUAUAGAAUGCAUAAUUAAACGGAUCGACUAAAAACGCUGCGAGAUCCGCUUAUCAACAAAAUGCGCAACAAUCGAUAGAUUGUCACGCGUUUCCUCGAUCAACCAAAUGCGCUGCGCGAUCGACGGAUCACGCAAAUCGACAGAUCGCGCCCAACAUAUAUAUUAUUUGGUGUGUGACUUUUCAACAAAACCUUUUUUCUAAAGGAUACAAGAACUCCAAUGUGCAUUUUUAAUAUUUUGAACAUGAAACUGUUGUACAUGGAAGAGUGAAAACCUCAAUGGUAAAACUUGACAGAUAGCUGUCGGUGGUACUGUGUAAGUGUUUAUACAAUGAUACAGUUGAUUUCGCUUGUGUUGAGCUCACUUGAGUUUGUCUUCAGUUAAGUUGAUGUUUUUUGUGGGUCCCAGCACCUCUUCUUCAUCAUAAUACCUAACCAUUUAGUUGGACUUUAGAGAUGAGUUUAUCUUUUUUUUUUCACUCCCCCAAUGACAUCAACUCAUCCGUAGUCAUCUGUAAAAGACAUUAAGACUUUGGAGGUGAAAAUUGUUUUUAUGUGUUCAUUAAUGUCUACUUACAAACUCGUUUAUGUUCUGUUUUAACCUUUUUUAACCAACCAUAAUUGCUGACUUAUUCACUCACUUCUUUAGCUGAACUUGACAAUUAAUUAUUGAAGAAAUUUUAUAAGUUUGCCUGUUUCGCUAUGCAUGUACCAAUUUACAUUUUUUAAAUCGUUUUUUCUCGUCUUAUCUGAUGCUGGUUUCUUUUGAUGUUAACCAGAAAAUAUGUAGCUCUAGUGCUAUUUUUUCUGUUUUAUUUCAUUUUUCUAUAUUCUGCUUUACCCAUAGUUUUUAUUUGUUGUUCUGAGUGGUCUUGAUUGUGCCUGUGUAAUUUGAAGUAUAUCUUGAGUGUUAAGUGUGCUGAAGGUAUCAUUUGAAGACAAGAGUAAAGUGCUCCUACCUGCUCAUGAA